AUGGGUUGGACCAGCAUGUUGGGGAGCAAGAAAACCCUCCAUUCGAUGAACCCCAUAUUGGAUAACAAUGAAAGGACUUGUGACGGUAAUAAUAAUGAUGGUAAUAAUGAUGAUGGUAGUAAUAAUGAACGGACUCACGAUGAUGAUAAUAAUAAUAAUAAUGAAGGAACCCCCCACGAUGAGCAGUCCAAAUGUAUCAGUGAUCAAUGUGUGGCUGUUGAGCACAAUACGAUGGAAGCAACAAUUGAUGAAAGACUUGAACUCUCCAUACAAUUGUUCAAUCUGAGGAGCCACUUCAAUUUGGAUCCAACCAAUGUUAUGGAGAGUGCAACUAAAAAAGAAGCCAUUGAAAUGAAGAAGAAAAAUGACCUUUCCAAGCGUCAAAAAAGGAAGAAACCAACCAAGUUUUCACCUGAGGAUGUGAAAAGAGGGAAAAAGUCACAUGCGGGUAGUGAUAAUCCAGAAGAGCUGGCAGGAAUAGAUACACCAAAUGUAGAGAAGAAGAUCACCCUUUUCAUUGCACGAUCGUUAUGA